AUGGCGCCGCCGCGGUGCCUCCCGGGGGUGCUGCUGCUCGCCCUGUCGCUCGCCCCGCUCGGCCCCACCGCCACCGCCGCCACCGCCGAGGAGGAGCCGCGCUGGGCCCCGGCGCUGCAGGCGGCGGAGGGGCUGGCGGAGGAGCUGUGGGGCGCGGGGCUGCCCGGCGACCUGCCCGAGCUGGAGCCCGAGUGUCGCAGGCUGCUGGCCGCCUUUGCGGAGGGCAGCGCGGCGCUGACGGACUGCCUGGGCCGGCGCGCCCGCCCGGUGCGGUUGUGCCAGGGCUGCCACCAGCACUACCGCCGCCUGCUUGCGCUGUACGGCGGCAUCGCCCGCGCCCUCGGGAAUUCUUCUGAGAGCCACAAUUGUGCCAAAAGCAUCUUGACCUCAGACAGGCUGCAGAUAGUUGUGACCCUUUCGGAGUUCUUUAACGAAACCUGGGAGGCAGCCAACUGUGCAAAUUGUUUAAAGAAUAACAGUGAGGGAUUAUCGAAUUCUACUGAAGAAUUCCUGGAUUUAUUCAAUAAAUCUCUGACAUGUUUUGAACAUAACCUUCAGGUACAAACCGUUUAUCUGUCACCAAAUAACUACACAGAAGUGUGUAAGAACUGCAAUGAAACCUACACAAGGUUGAAUGACCUGUAUAACAACUUGCAGAGGAUGAACAGGCAAGGUGGAGAGUCUGGGCACUCAGCACACUUGUGUAUUGAUGUGGAAGAUGCAAUGAACAUCACUCGGAAGCUUUGGAGCAGGACUUUCAACUGUUCUCUUCCCUGCAGUGACACAGUCCCAGUGAUUGCAGUUUCGUCCUUUAUUCUCUUCCUACCUAUUGUUUUUUAUCUCAGUAGCUUCCUCCACUCAAAGCAGAAGAAACGGAUACUCAUUUUGCCCAAGCGCAUCCAGUCAAAUGCCAGUCUUGUGAACAUCCAAGAAAAAUACAGCUGAGCUGCAAAACAAAACCUGAGAACUGCUGCUGGUAUACAGUGGGUACAAUUGUGUUGGAAUGAGGCCGGCACAAAAGAGGAGUUAAUUAUGGUUUAGUGUAAUGAUACAGAGCAACACAAGUUAAACAAAAUGCUGUCUGACUUCUAAGCGAGGAUAUUAACAAACAUGACAAGGCAGGGCUGUGUGACACUGUAUGGACUCUGGUUUUGAAAAAUCUGUGGGUUGGUUUUUUUUUUUUUUUUCAGUCUCGGGCUGAAGCGGGUGUUUUUCUGUUUCUAAGCUUUUGUAGUUCACAUCAAUAGACUAGCUACACUUUCCUUGCGUGGUGUUUUCCUAUAUUCAUCAUAUUUGUUUCACAAAAACCUGAGAUUUUGAAUCCUUUUGAGGUGAUUUUUGAAAGACAGACAAAACUUGAAAUAAUGUUUGAUGUUCCUGCUUAAAACAUUAUUUCUAAUUUCACAUAAUAUUCAGAAUUAGGAUGGACAGAAAACCUUUAAAAAAGAAAAAGUUCCCAUCUUUCCUGUACCACUGUAAGGUCAUGCUUUAAAAGCAUGGGAUCUGUUAAAAAAAAAAAACAACA